AUAUCAUCCAAAAUUUGGAUGAUUUAUUCACCGAGCCGAGCGAGAAAAAGUGGAUUAAUCAAGAAUAAUCAUCCAUCCCAUUUCGACGUGACUGACUCUGUGACUGGUAGAGCAGCCGAAAGCAGUCAAAUUCAGAUAGUGUUUUGUUGAUAAAAGUGCGGCGAUUUGAGUAGAAAUACCUAGUUAUCAAUAAAACAGAACAUUCCUUCAAGAAUCUUUAUUUAAUCAUUCGUUAGAGUGCAGUCGACACAAUGCGUCCAGCUAUUAAGAUUGGCAUCAUCGGAGGUUCCGGCCUGGACGACAGUCAAAUUUUGGAGUCCCGUUCGGAGAAGGUGGUGAGCACUCAUUUCGGCAACCCGUCCGAUGUGCUUAUUGAGGGGAAAAUCGCCGGAGUGGACUGCGUCCUUUUGGCCCGCCAUGGGAGGAAUCAUUCUAUUAUGCCAUCGAAUGUCAAUUAUCGUGCGAACAUCUGGGCUCUAAAAACGGUCGGAUGUACCCACGUGAUCGUUUCGACUGCCACAGGAUCCCUUCAGGAGAGAAUCCACCCAGGGGAUCUGGUUAUUCCGGAUAACUUCAUCGAUCGCACGACGAAGCGAGCCCAAACGUUCUACGAUGGGAACGACAUGCUGGUGGGAGUAUGUCACGUCCCGAUGGAACCGGCAUUCUGCACUCGAACACGUGACGUACUGAUCGAAACCGCCAAGGAACUGGGUCUGGCUGGUGUUCACGACAAGGGAACCGUUGUGACCAUCGAGGGCCCACGCUUUUCAAGCAAAGCCGAGAGCAACCUAUUCCGCCAGUGGGGUGCCGACUUGGUCAAUAUGACUCUGGUCCCGGAAGUGGUUCUGGCAAAGGAAGCUGGUCUCUGCUAUGCGGCUAUUGCCAUGGCAACCGAUUACGACUGCUGGAGAGAUUGCGGGGAAAACGUAAACGUGGCCGAUGUAAUGGCCACCUUCAAGAAGAAUGUUACCAAAGUGACCGCGCUGAUUACGGCGGUCAUUCCAAAGAUUGCCGAGAUGGAUUGGACGGAGACAAUCGGCGAGCUGACGAAGACGGUUAACGGAAGCAUCAUGCUGCCUCAUGCCUACUAAAGAAUAUCAAGGUUUCGUCCUCGAAAGUCAAUCUAUCUUGCAUUUAAUACGAAUAUUUACGCCAUAUUGCUUUGCACCCUUAUCAAAAGUGUAUCACUUAUGAGAAAAAAUAAAGAGUUCAAUCGAAA